AAUAACUUAAUUUUUAGCACUAGAGCAACUUCUCUUUUCAAUAUUUCAGCACUAUGUUCGUCAAUUGCCAUUGGCGCCUUGUGGAAAAUCGGUAUACAGAAGAUCAAAACGUGGGAAAAAAACGUCUGAUCUGCCGUCAUACCCAAUAACUACUUUGAAUGAAAUCAAGACUUUUAGAAAAUUAAUUUGCGAUCAUGGAAUGGAUUGAGCCCGUCAAUGUGAAGUCGGCUGUAAAAUACACGUCUUCACUAGUGGACGCGGUCGAUCAAGAGCGUCAAAACAUUAUCCAUGGAUCUAUUACCGAGUCCAACGUGGCAUGGUUUGCUUCUGGGGAUAGGCUCGAUGUUGUGUCAACAACCCACUGUGGAGUGCAAAGCCGACAUUUCUCUUGCCAGCAAGGGCAGGAAUUUGUGAUUACUUGUGUAGCUCCCAUCCCAAAUGAAACCCUUGCGCUAGUGGGCUUGAGUUCUGAUACAGGCUCUGGUGCAGUGGCUCUUUAUAAUUAUGUCACUUCUAUGAUUUUAAAUUCUUGGAGUGUGUCUCACAAGGUGACUUGUGUUUGUAGCAUGGAAAUUCCAAAUGCAAGUUACAGGCAAUUUUUGAAGUCUGACUGCUUUCUUUUUGCAUUGGGCACAGAAGAGGGCCAUGUAAUGCUACUGGCCAUUGACCAGCAUUUCAAAUUUAGCGCAGGAACUCACCUUCUUGAAUUGAAUAUUGUACACUAUGUCACUACAGACGACAUUUUACAAAAACGAGUAUUUUUCAAACCUCCAGUGGUUUUGGUCAUACCUCUGAAUGACUCUAUGUACAGGGCUGGUCGAUUUGUCUUGGAGUCCAUGCAUGAAUCCAACGCAGUGCUGAGUGUUCGACAAGAAGAAGUCAGUGCAACAGUGGUUAAAUACAUACCACAGAAUCAAACCCUAUGUGUUGGCUAUAAUACUCAAGGAGCUUUCCAAAUGUUCAGCCUCAAGUCAUUGGAAUUUGAUUUUAGCGGUUUCGCUACAGGCUGCAAUGGCGAGCAGCUCGAUCGAGUUCUAGAUUUUGUGUUUUUGGAGCCAGAAGAUGAUCCACGACAUUUUUGUUACCUGACUGUGGUAGCGCAGAAAUCGUGGGAUUCUCAUGCUGCUCCUUACGCCUUGCUUUACUCGUUGACGUACGUCCGCAAAGAGGGCAUCCCAGAUGGCGGUAUUUUAUACGAAGAUCUGCAGUACAUAACGCUUAGAUUGGAUCUUAACUUCGGACCCUUGAUCGUGGGCGACAAAUCGAAUGGAGAGGAUGUCGAAUUGCUAAGAUGCCAAAGCCUAGCCUCAUCUAAUAACCAUGGCAACACGAGAGCGACAGGUUGCUAUGGCCUAUGUUACUUCGCCAUGAGCUGGAAGAACGGAAUUUACCUGGUUAUGUUUGACCUGAACCAAUGGUACCAGGCCCAUAUGCCUCCGCGAUGGAUUUUUGACGACACGUCCAGAGUGUGUCCCUUUAUGGGAUUAUACCAGAGCCAAUCCGUUGGGCGCACUCGAUCAGUACAACAGGUGUGGAUUCAACCGGCCACGCUUUCCGUCUUCCAUCGCUCAUCAACCACACCGACGGAAGCCUUUUAUUAUCCUUCGGCUCUAAGUUUCCGCGCAAUGGUCGUGUGUCCCCAAGAGGCGGAAAGUGUUGUGUUCUUGGGCAUGCAGUCGCUUCUUCUUCAAAAACUGUCUCAAGCUGGAUCUCAAGUUCUCAAUCAUCCACACCGAUUUUACGUUCAGGCCAUGAAAGCCGGGCUCACGCACACCGAGAUGGUUGCACCUCACACGGCCCAAAUGGCAGAAGCAUUAUUAAAUGUUGGACUAGAGAACAACUCGAGGUCUUUCCUGAUUUCUUGUAUCAAGGAUGAAGGAGCAAAUUUAAAUUUUGUAGAGAAAUGGGCGUGGCAGCAAGUAGUCAACUUGAAAUCACUGCGAGAAAAUCUUUGCAACACCCUUUUCGAUCACUCGAGCCAAGAAAUGGAGCGUCAGAUGCAUUGUCAACUGUAUCACGUGACGCAUCAAUUCAACAACUUGUCCGUCCUCUAUGACGUCAUGGACAAACGAAUUCGAUCCUUGAAUUCCGGAAUCAACGACAAGCUUCGGGACAAAUCACGUGCCAUUUACCUGCUCAGUUUGCAUUUGGAGACGGUCCUGUGGUUCCUUCAUGGCGGGCUGUUGCCUGAAAUUGACGCAGGUAGUGUCGAUGACGAGGAAGGUUGCAGUUCACUUCCCUAUCCUCGCCGUCAACUGGAGCAAUUCUACCGGAAUAGGAAAUCUGAGAUUGAGAGCCUCAGCUCGUCUGUCAAAGCAGCCGAAGUCCUUUUGAUUGAACAACUGGUCCCUGCAUCCGUCGUCGAGUUGUGGGCGGAAGAAAAAGGCACAACAAAUCCACGUGAUAUUCAGACUUAUCCUCCUCCGUCGCUGUAUGCUUUGCUAUCAGCAUAUUUAAGGCCGGACGUGGACGACGUUACGAAACACCGUCUAGUUCAAUACGUCUUUAUGGAUUUGACGUGGAUCUAUGGUCGUCACGCUCAUUACGGAAACAUUUUGCAACACCUGGUGACUUUUCCGUCCACCUACUCACUUAAGCCGAGCAUGAUCAAAGUGACGCAGGCGUUCUGGCAUUUGGAUCAUCAAAAUUUCGACGACGCUCUUGGUAUGCUACUUGAUCCAUUGGUCCACACAAUGGACAUUACCAAUGCACAGCAGAGGGCAAUUCUUCGUGCGUUCCUCUACCAGGACAAACAUAGGCACGCGCUCAAGUACGCAACGUUGCGCCGUCCUGUCUGUCCCGAGCUGGAAGAUAUCCAGCUCCACCUGACGAUCCUGAUCGCCAAUGGUUUAAUCAGUGACGCCCUGAGUUAUAUCAGACGCAAUCGAAAUCAGCGUAACAGCGUCGAAUUGAUGCAGCAUUUUCUGAACGGAUGUCAGGAAAUGCGCAAAAUCAGCGUCCUGUUAACUUUGCCGCUGUCUGAGGAGGAGGAAGAUCACGUGACCAAUUUCUUGAAGCAAAGUAGAAACAUCGACCUGCAAGAAGCUCUGCUCCUCUUCUAUAUUCAACGCUGUAAAUAUCCGGAUGCCAUUGCCUACAGUCAGCGUUUGAAUCAGAUGUGGCCGGCUCGUGAUACCAUUUCCAGGGAACGCUUCAACCGUCGUGAAAUGUUGAUGCAGACACUGAUUGGUGCCCUGCCGCCCAUCACGUGCAAAUUGGCUGCCAUCGCUAAUUCUCGGCCACCCACUUCGUCGACAUCGUCUGGCGUUUCGAAAUUCCCGCGGCCACUUUCCGUUUCUGUGUUGCCGGCCACAUCCAAAAUUCAAUCCACUGGAUCCAAUUUCUUCCGCACCGUGAUCGAACAAUCACGAGCCACUUGGCUUAUCGAACAGAAACUUCACGAAGAAGUUCAAACGCCAUUGAGACCUAGGAAACGCAAAUUGGACGACCCAGAGGCUGUGCUGUAUCCGGAUGACAACCAGCCGGAAACGACUCCCAUUUUUGUGCAACAUUGUACAACCAGCUCAGCGCAACAUAACCUUAGGGAUGUCGCUGUGCUUUCCUUCACCUAGGGGCGCUCCAGAUU